UGGAAACGUUCACAGGAAGCACCGAGAAGAGCUCCGUGUCCAAUCACAGCUGGAGGUCCGUGGGUGGAGGAGGAGGAACAUCAACCCUCCAGAGGGAUCCUGCCGCUGUCUUUGAGUCUUUUUAGAGGGACAGAGAUGGAAACGGGCCGGGACAAAGUCCAGAGGAAGCCCGUCCGCCUCAUCGCGGCCGUCUGUAACGGCAGAGGCAUCGGGAAGAACGGGAAACUGCCGUGGAGUUUACCGUCAGAGUUCCAGUACUUUCUGAACACCGUCACACGAGUGUCCAAACCAGGAAAGAUGAACCUGAUGGUCUGGGGCAAACUGUGCUGGUACUCCAACCCUGAGACUCUGUUCCCAUUGGCCAACAACCUCCAUGUGGUCCUCAGCACCACUCUGAACACCGUUCCAAAACACGCUCACUUCCUGUCUCAAGACUUUGAGAGCGCCGUCCUCCUCGCCACUCGGCCCCCCCUCGCUGACAUCAUAGAGACUAUCUGGGUCGUUGGAGGGACACAGGUCUACAAGGAGGCGCUGAAGCACCCGUGGUGUGACCUGGUCUACCUGACAGACAUCAUGGCCGACUUCGACUGUGACGUUUUCUUCCCUGAGUUCGACAGAGGACUCUUCAAAGAGCAGGAACGAUUUCCAGGAGUCCCCAGUGAGAUCCAGGAGGAGGACGGCAUCAAGUACAGGUUUAGAGUUUUUCAGAGAGAGACGGCUGAUGAGGUCUAGAGGAGUCUGCUCUGAGAGACGCUUUAACCGCUGUUUGCUCUGGUUUUAUUCUGAGCUUUAGGAGAUCCUGAUUGGCUCAAAAGCCCUAGUUACCGUAUCGCCAUCAGCCUUCAGCCUUCGAUUUUUUACCGCUCCUCGAUAUCCUCAUCCUGAUCUUCAUCCUUGUCAUCCUCACUGGGCCUCAUUCACCAACAUCUUCCUCAGGUUCUUCCUCAGAGAGCCCUACGCAGGAUUCAUGACACGUUUACACCGCUCCCCUGUUCUCAGUAGCAUAGAGAGAGACGCCCCUUUAUGCCCAUAUAAGGACAUGAGGCUGCAGGGCAGUGUGCAAACACAGAUGUUGAGAUUAAAAUAACAGUAGAACCAAUCAGAGUGCUCUGAUGGUUCUAAAGUGGAUGAAGCGCUGCUGAGAAUGACCCCAGAGGAGAUUUAGAGUAGGGAUGUUCCUAAACCGUUUUUACUCCCUGAUUCUGAUACCGAGGGGUUACGUAUCGCUGAUACCGAGUCCUGAUCUGAUACCAGUGUGACCUUUCUAGACUGACUGUGCAGACUAGUGAAUCAUUUCAGACCUGUAUUUGACUCAGAACAACUAGAAUCAUGUCCAGCAUCUCUGUGAGCCUAAAGCUGUUUCUCUGAUUAUUGAGUUUUACUGCUAAAUAUUAAAAUAAUAAUAAUACAGGGGGCUGCCGCACUCUCUCUCCUUUAUGCUCGAUUCAGGCAGCAUCACAUGAUUACAGAACAGCCUGCUAUUGGCUGACAGACCCUCAGAAAGGGUAACAAUAUGGUGGUUAGCAUUCAAGCUAGCAUAAAUGAUCAUAACUGGGUUUAAAUGGUUAAAAAGACGUCCAGUUUCAGGUUUACUGGUGUGGAUUUAACCAUUAAAGUCCCCGAAAGUCCCACCAGUUCCAGGCUCUCUGAAAAUGCUGCUGUAAGGAUUCAAAGGCAUCAAUGCAGGAACAGCGGCUAGCUCCAAGAGGAAAAACAAGUAAGAGGUUCAAAAGUCAUCUAACUUUUUAUGAACUGUGUCACUUCCUGUCGUGUACGACGGCGCCGGUCUGGAAGGCGUUUUAACGAUCACAUUCAGAGAGAAACUGUCACACAGCCUCCUUUGGUUCUUCUUCUCUGCUCUAAAAACGGUAGCUCAUGCAUGCAGUGUUUUCCAGCAGUGAAGAAGAACUGAUUUCUGGUUUAUAGCGCUAACAGUUAGCAUGGCUAAAGGAAGCUAAAAGGCUAAACUAACGGUAUCUGUCGGUGCAUAAACUCAUGAACACCUGCAUUUCAGCAGAAUCAGACGUUUUUCUGACACUGGUAUCAGAACCAGAACAACUCACAGAAGGAUUUAAAGGUGCAGUUAGCAACAUCUCCCAGAUUAAACUCCACAAACUCGCUGAGAUUAUAACGCGUUUCUUCUGGUGAAGCCUCUCAGACUCUGGACCAAAUCUGUUUAACUCUUUAAUGACUUAUUCUGUUGAUUUUUUUAUACUGUAUUCAAAAUAAAUCUUUUUUUAACAGAGAAACCGUUAACUUUGUGACUUUAAUAAAAGGAUUUUUAUUCAUGUGGUUGUAUGUGAUGCUUCCUGCCACUAGAUGGAGCCACUUCACUAAGAAUCGUUCUGGAUGGUUCCUCGUGGUUAAAGGUGUUGUGGAAACGCCUGAUAUCUGUGGCUUGAUGUGGUAGUUUUAUAAUAAAUCAGUGCAUUUUCCUUCAGAUAAACCUCCAUGGUAGCUGGAGGAUGAAGACCAGCGUGGCAAACACGUCAGCCUGUGGCUCUUUUGUCUUCAUUUUAGAUAUUAUUCCCCCAGAAAACUUUA